CUAUAGUAAUUUACACAUUAUACGAACUCCUACUUCACUAUUGCAUAUAUUUUAUAGUCGAUACAUAAAUUACACCGAAUUGGAUAAAUUCACCUCCUAAAUUAUACUAGAAAAAAGAAUAAGAGGCAGCAUUUGUUCGAUCAAUAAAGAAAGAGGGGAUAAUAUGCGCCUCAUUCUUUUCUGCAGUCACAUAGGUUCUGAACGUUGCACCGGCAUGAUCUGUCUCGAAGCGCAGUAUUUUAAUCUGAAUAGAAUUCUUUUGCAAAGUACUGCACUAUGGCCGUUUCAACAAUCAAAACUAGUUCAACUUCACUUUAUUAUAAACUGGACAGUUCUCAUGGUUGCUAUUAUCUGCCAGAUAACUACAUUUUCUACAUCACAAUUCACACCCAAAUUUUUUCUUAAAGUUUUCUCCGGUGUACUCUUUUUAAUUGUUUUAGUGGUGCAUUACAGUUCAUUUCGAUUUAACAUCACAAUCCUAAAGGAUUUGAUGGGACAACUUCACUGUGCAUGCACCAAACUAAGAGAUAAAAAUGAAAUCGCUAUAAUACAAAAGUAUGGCAGGAACGCAAAACGUUAUACAGCUGCACUUCUUGUUGUCUUCUUCAUUCUGGAAUCUAUUUUUUGGGCAAGUCAAAUCAUAAUACCUUAUCUCGAUGACGUUACGCCUAUAAACGGAUGCCGACCACAUCGAUUACAAAUAGCGGUCGAAUACUUUAUUGAUCAACAAAAAUAUUACUAUGUAAUUCUACUUCACAUGAAUGCAGCCAUAUUUAUUGGAGUACUUACAUUCCUAGCGAUGGGAACACUGAUGAUUGCAUAUCUCCAACAUACAUGCGGAAUGUUCACAAUUGCUUGUUAUCGUAUUGAACACGCAAUGGAGAUUAAUAUAUUAAAAAAUAUUAGCUUAAAUAAUGAAUUUUCGAUAUCCAAGAAAAUAGUUAACGCCGUAAAUAUUCAUCGAGAAGCCAUGAAAUUGAGUGAGGAUUUGAUAACCAGGUUUGACACAAUGUACUUUUGUUUAACAGUGCUCGUGGUGAUUACAAUGAGUCUGAAUCUUUUUCAAAUUUUUCAGAUUUUAACAUCUGAAGAAAAUAUAAUCGAAGCUACAGUUCCUACUGUAACUGUACUCGUUCUAAUUCUAUACGUGUUUUUCGCCAAUUUCUUUGGACAAAAUGUAAUAGAUCACAAUAAUGAAGUAUAUGCUGCUGCGUACAACAUUCGAUGGUACAUGUGUCCUCUUCGUAUACAAAGAUUGAUACUGCUACUUUUGCAACGGAAGGCUAGAGAAUUUCAAUUAACUUGUGGAGGAUUGUUCGUAGCAUCGUUCGAGUGUUUCGCAACGUUAGCAAAAGCAACGAUGUCUUACUUUACUGUCAUGCAUUCCGCACGAUAAUAAAAUUAAAAUAUAUCACAGAAGAUAGGUAUAACAUAUUUGUAAAAAGUAUAAUAUGUUUCAUAUUUAAUAGACUAAAAGAUUAUAACUUUGAAUAUAAAUAAAAUAUCUAAGUCUUCUCUACUCUAAAGUCAUAAAAAAAUUAUAGAUAAUUACAAUAAAAUUAUACAAAGUAAAAUAUUACUGUGUUAUAUGUUUAGUACUUAAAUCAAAACUGCACGUUAUAUUAGUUCUAUUAUGAUUCAAUAGCAAAUCACGAAUUUAAUGCGUUUCAUUUUUUUUAAAGUAAUAAUACAUAUGCUGGUUAAAUAUUAUUAAUAUACAA